AUGGUACGGUAAGGUAGGAUGGACUUUCUUGUUUUACUCUGCUUAACAAAAAAUUAAACUUUCAAUUUCAUUUGCCAGUAAUUUAGAAGUUUAAUUAUGCAUUCUAUGGACAAAAACUUUAUCGAAUUACUAAAUUUGUUAUAACAAUUACUGGAAAUUGUUGAUAUUUGCAUACGUUUAGUUUACUGAAAGUAUAAUGAGUAGGCACGAGGAAAGCAUUUUUAAGUUAUUUCAUUUAACCGAUGUUAUGUUGGUUUAUAAAUAAAAUGUAUAUGUUCUGUGUCCCAAUCGGUUCACUCAUAGCCAAGUUAUAGCUGGGGAGGGGGGGGUCAAAACUCGAUGCUUUCAGUAUAUGCAGGAACUCUUUUUCUUCUAUGUAUUUUUUGAUCGCAACGGUAAACUUUAAGUUUCUGAAUGAUCAUCACUAAACAGCCUUCGCGAUGAUAAUAUACCCACAUCUAACGUUUUACCAUUAGAAAUACUCUGUAAACUAUAAUAAUAUCAUUUUCUAGGGCAUCCAUUACAAUGGAGAUGACAAAAGAAGAGUUAUUGUAUGAACUGAAUCAAAAAGAACUCCAAAUUGAACAACUGACGAGAGAGUUAGCAAGUUACAGAAACUUUUUCCACGGCCGAAAAAUUGCGGUUUCGGCAGAAGUUGCACCAAGCACCGAGGGCGAAUCAAAUUGUCUUGAACAUCAGAAGGAUCGACGGUAGGAACAUAUUAUUAUAUAGUAUAUUAGGUUGGGUAGGGUAGGGUAGGAUAAAGUAGAGCAAGGUACGAGGUGAAAUCCAGGACAAGCCGCCAGCAGAAGGUUAAUCAAGGGAGAAAUCCUUUUCUGACCUCUUCUAGACCAAAAUCGCUUGCCCGGCACUGGUGAUAUAGCAUAACGAUAAUGCUUUUCAGAACAUUUGACAUAAUAGAAUCGGCCCUAUUGGCAAAUGAAUUCCUUUGCCAAUUGGAACAGUUUCAAAUCGACGAAAUGAUUAAUGCCAUGCAGCCGAUGAUGUUCGGCCCGGAGCAAUGGAUCAUACGACAAGGCGAAUUCGGCAGCAAACUUUACGUCCUUGAAGGUAGGUUUUUGAACAAACAUAAUAAGAUGGGUUCGUAAAAUCCACCUAACAUAACGUUAAUUGUUCUAAAAUCCAAAAAACUUCAGACGGUAAAGUGCAAGUAACCAAAGACAGUCAAUUCCUGCGUGUAAUGGAAGCUCCAUGCGUUUUCGGCGAAUUGGCCAUACUUUAUCAUUGUGAGCGGACAGCAUCAAUCAAAAGUAAGUAGAGCUUCAAGUCUAAUAAUAUGUUUAUCGUUCCGAUUAAAUUCCACUCUUCUCAGUCUUAAAAGGGCACAAUAUAGCUAAAAGGGCACAAAAUACCUAAAAGUAGAUGUUAUUUGAUACGAAUUCGAAAAAUAAACAAAUUUUCCGACUUGAGGUUAUUUAUAGAAAAAACAGAAAAUGACGGUUUUUUGGACAGAUUGAAAUAAAAAUGACGCAUUUUAUAUAUAAAGAAUAAUUUUAUCGAUAAUAUUUAGAUUUUUGUUUUAUUAGAAAAGUUAUUUUUUCGACAGGAUUUUGUAAAAUAUUUUUGAUGUACUGGUUUCUGAACUUGUUAUUGGUUUUUUGAGAAGGUAUUACAAAAAAACUUGUCGAUUUAGAGGUAUCUUUUAAAUUUAUGCCUUGAUUUAACGAUAUUUACUAUUUUAGGUAUGAAUGUCUUGUUUUUUCUUUAUUUUUGACGUUCUUUUGUUGAUUUUGAUAACUUGUGUUUAAGGAUUGCUCUUUGUUUCAUUCAUUUACAAACAAACGUUCUUCAUUCAAAAAUGUCUUUUUCAUAUAACAAUAAACAUUGGCAACAUGUCAUUUGCAGCCCUAUGCAACUGUCGUGUUUGGGCGUUGGAAAGGCGGAUCUUUCACGCGGUGAUGGUGAACACGGCCAAAUCGAAGCAUGACGAGCUGGUGACGUUGAUGACCAAGUCCAAGAUGCAGAAAAUGUUCACAGAGGAGCAAAUUGACGAGUUGGCCGACUCGGCCAAGGAUGAGGAGUGGGUGUUUCGGGCAGAGGUUGAUCAGUGUCAACUGGAAGGCAAACUGUUUCUUGUUGUUGCAGGACAGGUGGGUAUUACCUUUUUUGCAAGUGUUUUUGUGUUUUAGGGUUGAUUGAGGGUUUAGGAAUGUUUAAAGAGCUCAGUUUGAAGAUUUAAGCAUGCUUAAUAAAUUCAGAUUGAGAAAUAG